AUGAUUCACUUGUGUUUGGCACAUUUGUUGCAAGGAAAUCUCCUCCCGCCGCUUCCUUCUCGGAGCUCCUCUAGGGCUGUCUCCUGUGCUUUGGCCUUUAAGGAGAAGCGAGAGCAGGUGGGCACAGAGCUGCUCACCGAGUCCUCCUCCCCCUGCUCCUUCCCUAAUUUAGCAGUACUUCCGGCCGCGUCCUCCUGCGGGGAGGAUGGAGACACAGCGCGAGCACCUGGUGUGGGGCGCGGAGGAGGCUGUGGCGGCCGGGAGCGGGGCCAGGAGACAGCGGAGGAGCAGAGCGCACGGUCCGCCCGCCGCCCGCCACUAGGGGAGGGGGGGGAAGGACGGACUGACGGACCUGCAGGCCGGACUAGCUCCCCACGAGGGCCGUCUCGGCCCCUGACCACCAGCCUUCCCGCCGCCUUCGCGGCUGCUGCUUCCUCUCCCGCCGCCCGUAGGGCCCCGCUGGGCCCUAGGGACGGGUCAGCGCCCCGGCCCCCGACGCCUUCCCGCGGCUCAGAGGCGGUGGCCGCCUCCCGCUCCCUCCCACGAACGGGGGGAGGGACCGCUCUCGCCUCCGGUUCUCCCCGCCUCCUCCCCCGCCCUCCGCAGCCCGCUCCGCCGCCGCGCUCUGCUCACGCGGGCGGCGCUGACCCGGGAAGCAGCGCCUUCAGCUCCGCGAGCGGCCGGUGGAGGCGGAGGCAGCGGCGGGCUUCAGGCCGCCCGGGCCGGCGCUGCUCUGCCGAGCGGGAGCUCGAGGCCGGCGGAGGACUCGGUGAAGCUGGAUUCUGCGUUUGCGACAGACACGUAGACUCAUUUUGUGGAAUAGAGUUGACCGUUGUCUCCUCCGCGCAGCAUUUUAACUCUAAUAAGCAAAUGCCACCUCUGCUUGAACGUUUUGGUAUUUACGAGAGAGAAAUCCUUUUACCUAAGGGAACUAAUUGAAUUGU